AUGUAUUCUCCGAUUUGUCUAACUCAGGAUGAAUUUCAUCCCUUCAUCGAGGCACUUCUCCCCCACGUCCGUGCCAUCGCCUACACAUGGUUCAACCUCCAGGCCAGAAAACGCAAGUACUUCAAGAAGCACGAGAAACGGAUGUCCAAGGACGAGGAGCGCGCGGUGAAGGACGAGCUGCUGAGCGAGAAACCCGAGGUGAAGCAGAAAUGGGCAUCCAGGCUGCUGGCCAAGCUCCGUAAGGACAUUCGUCAGGAGUACCGGGAAGACUUUGUCCUCAGCGUGACGGGCAAGAAGCACCCGUGCUGUGUGCUCUCCAACCCGGACCAGAAGGGCAAGAUCCGCCGGAUCGACUGUUUGCGGCAGGCCGACAAAGUUUGGCGCCUGGACCUGGUGAUGGUCAUCCUCUUCAAAGGCAUCCCUCUGGAAAGUACAGACGGCGAGCGCCUCGUCAAGUCUCCGCAUUGCACCAACCCAGCACUUUGUGUCCAGCCACACCACAUAACAGUAUCGGUCAAGGAGCUGGACUUGUUUCUAGCAUAUUAUGUCCAGGACCAAGACUCGCAGCAGUCAGGAAGUCCCAGUAACAAUGAGCCAGGCAAGAACCCUCCUCCAGUUUACUUGGAAGACAGCUUUGUCAAAUCAGGAGUCUUCAGUGUUGCAGAGCUGGUGCGAGUGUCCAGAAUGCCCAUCACCCAGGGCGCAGGGGUAAACUUCUCUAUGGCCGACAUGCCCAGCCAACCCUACUACCACGACCUGAACUCCAGCGUGGGCCUGCAUCGCUCGCUCUCCUCCCCGCCUGGCAGCAAAAGGCCCAAGACCGUCAACAUGGAGGAGAACAUGGAGACCAGCCCCACUGGACCCGACUUCUACUCCUCACCCAGCUCACCAGCCAGCAGUCGUGCAAACUGGCACGAUCGAGACGGAGACAUGUCCUCCCCUACCAUGAAGAAGCCGGAGAAGCCGCUGUUCAGCCCCACCUCCCCGCAAGACUCCUCACCACGACUCAGCACUUUCCCCCAGCACCACCACCCAGGCCUAACAGGUGUAGGACACAGUGUUAUAUCAACAAGGAGCCCACCGCCCCACUCGCCCCUGCAGUUCUCAGCCUCAGCCAUCUUACCCCCGGCCCCGUCACCUUACUUCUCGCACACCACCAUCCGCUACCCGCCCCACCUCAACCCUGCUGAUCCCCUCAAGAGCUACGUGCCGUCAUACGACCCGUCCAGCCCGCAGAGCAGCCAGCCCAACAGCAGCGGUCAGGUGGUAGGGAAGGUCCCGGGCCACUUCACCCCAGUCCUGGCACCCUCCCCACAUCACGGCGCUGUGCGACCCGUCUCGCUCUCCAUGCCCGACACCAAGCCCAUCACCACAUCCACAGAAGGCUACUCAGCCCCUGGCACCCCGACGGCUAAUCGUUUUGUGGGCCUGAGCCCAAGAGACCCCGCCUUCCUCCACCAGCAACAGCUGAGGAAGUGUGACUGGAGCGUGACUCAAAACGGCAGGCAUUAUGGCCCCAGUGCCACUGACGACACUUUGGGGAUUGCUUGGCAAAGUCCUGGUACCUGGGCGAGCUUAGUUCCAUUCCAAGUGUCGAACGGGACUCCGAUUCUGCCAACAAAUGUCCACCAGAACUACAGCAUAAACAUCAUUGGUGAGCCCCUCGUCCACGCCGAGACAGGGAACUGAACGCAGAGAGGCCGGAUGACCCCGCCGAGGGGUAUGGGGGGGGGGCGGGGGGGCGGGGGUCGGGGGGGUCGUUUCAGAGGUAGCACCGGAAGUGUCCGCAGCCAUGGAUGAAACCAGCAAAGCAGCACGAGGAGCUGCGCACUCGCCGCUUCGUCCUCCCCUCCCCGCCUUCGUCCUUUCCCGUAACAACUCCCCCCCACCACCACCACCACAAACACCACACACACACACACACACACACACACAAACACACACCUACCUUCCCCGUCCUCCCGCCCCCCCUCACCAAAACCCCACCCCUAAUAAGCGCCCAUCCACCCAG